AUGAGCGAGAGCGAUGCGGCUACGGUAAUGUAAGUCUUUUUUAUUUUAUUUUUAUUUUCCUUUUUUUAAAAGAAUUCAGGAGAGAUAGACGAGAAGACGCUGUUCACCUUAAUAAAAAAAAAUUGAAUUGAAAAAGGCAAAGGAAUUUUUGAGAUGGGAUCGAUCUCAUGAUCUUUUGAGCGAUAUUAGAUUCCUUAACCACUUGGCAAGAACAGUCUUAAAAGCUUCUGAAACAACUAAUAGCCGUUCUACAGCAAAUAGAACUUUUGAAAAACUUUUUUUGAGAAAAAUUUUCCACGAACCUCAAAAAAACCCACGCAGGAGUCGAAUCUGUGACCUUUUCAGUGAGAAACAAUUUCUUAGCCACUCGGCUAUGAUUUUAAAACAAUCUCAGCAGCUUCUGUGACAACUGAUAAUCUUUUCAUUCCGAAUAGACUCAUAAAAAACUAUUUUUUGAAAAAAAGUAACCACGAGCCUCAAAAAAAACCCACCCUGGAGUCGAACGUGUGACCUUUUUAGCGAAGAUAAAAUUCUUAGCCACUUGGCUAUUGCUUCAAAACGUUUUCAAUGGUCUUUUCAACAAAUAUAAAUGAACUACUCACUCCUAGAUCCCAUGAAAAACUUUUUCUGAAUGAAAGUACCUAUGAACUCUUCAGAAAGUUGAAGUGGGAUCGAACCUGCGACCUUUUCAGUGACAAUAAAAUUCUUAGCCACUUAUCCAUGGUUCAGUAACGUUGUCAACAGUCUUUUUAAUGAAUUUAGGUGAGUUAAUUACUACUGGAAUAAAUGGGAAAUUUUUUCUGAAUUAAAGUACCUAUGAACUCUACAGAAAGUUGAAGUGGGUUCGAACCAGUGACCUUUUUAGCGUGGAUAAAAAUCUUAGCCACUUGACUACGAUUUAAAAACGUUCUCAGAAGCUUCUGUAACAUCUUGAACGGGUCAGGAUCAAAAUAAAACUCAUAAAAACCUCAGUUUUGAUAAAAGAAUCCAUUAAUGUACAAGGGAGUCGAACCAGUGACCUUCUUACCAACCAGGAAACUUCUUAGCCACUUGGCCAUGGCUUCAUUCUUAAUGAAAAGAUUCAGAUCAAACAGAGACGAGAAGAAUGAACUGCAGAUGACAAUUGUGGCCGAAGGAGACUCACGGAUAACCGUCUUGAUUAAAAACCCCGACGUGAGUCUGAAUUGAUCAAUUUUUUUUUUCUCGUAUUUCUUAUUUUGAUACGAACAUUCUAAAAACGUUUACGGAGCGUAAAAGUAUAAUUUAAACGGGGUUUCAAGCAAAAAAUUAUACUUGAACUUCUAAAAAUUUCAAAAAUAGUUUGUAUUCAUCCGGUAAAAAAAUGAUGACCCAAGAAAAAAAAAGCAGGUUUUCUAUCCACUUUUCUAAUAAUUUGGAUGAAAAAUUGAGCUCUCCAGGAAAUUAUAAACGUUUCAAAGAUAAUAUCGGAAAAAUUUUUCUUAUUUUUUUGGAUUAUUUUUUUCAAAAACUUCUUCAAAUUGCUGAAGCAAGGAUUCUGUAGCGUUUAGUAUCAAACUGAGUCAAAAUUUCGUUUAAAUUCUAAAAACUUAGAGUAGAUGAACUGGAGAACCAUGUGAACUCGAGAAAAAUCAAUAUUUCUUCCAGGACAUGGAACAAACGAGCCUCGGCACACGGGAUUUUGAUGAGCACUUGCGAAGGUUGGGAAAUUUUCUAUUCAAAAUUAAUUUCAAACUUUCAAAAAUCUCAUAACCUUCCUAAAAGGUUUCAGGAAGUUCUCCAGAGCCUUUAUGUGAUUUUUAAAUAAAGGAAAAGUCUUAAAUUUCUUAAAAUAACCCUAAAAACGGCUCCUUGCUUCAACCUACUUGUAAAAAGUUUCCACGCUUCUUGAAGCAUUCUAGCACAACAUUUCGAUCAAAAUACAGUCCUUAGAGCCAAAUUUCAGUGUGGAGUUCAGUUCCCUCCAUCCGGCCCACUUGUUCAUCGCCAAAUUCGACACCUGGUUCACCAACAAGCUGCAGGAAUUCCAAAGAACGAGACUUUUUUCCCAGAUUCGCAGCGUAUGUUUCCAUUCUUUUCUCACCAUAUUUCAUGUCCCAACUUUAAUUAUUCUCCUAGUCCCCCUAAAAUAUUCAAAUCUCCCCGAUUUCUCUUCUUACUGUAGUCUACUGGGUAGUCUCGGCGUCGGUGGGGUUGCCGGCGCGCGCUCUCGCCGAGAGAGCGGAGAAGCAGACAUCGGCCGCGACGCGAGCCGCGCCGCGUUCCAUUGAGCUUUCAUUGCUUGAAAAGUGGGGGAAUUUGAAAGGAAAUUGAUGUUUUGAAGGGGUCAGUGAUACAUAAUAAAUUCAAAAGGACUGUUUUUAAUAUUUUGCUUGAACUCACAGCUGAUUUGAAUAAAAAAGUUAAGAAAACAUUGUAAAAAGGCUUAAUUUAUUGAUUCGAAUCGAUUCCUACCGAAAUCCUCGAACUUUAAGCCCUUCUGUGACUCUUCCAGAAACUAAGUAAAGAGAGAAAUUUUCAAAAAACCUUCCCAGAAAUUCAAAAUUCUUGCCCUAAAGUCUCCGAUUUAUUGAAAAUUCACUAGCUUAUUCUCUUAUAAGAUAUUUUUUGAGACAAAAAUGUGAAAAACCCGCUUUUCAGCUGGCCCUCGACGUGAUGCCGGACCCCAACAACAACUACCGGCAUCUGUUGACGAUCCUCGAGGCGGCCCAGAACCUGGAAGCCGUCCAACUUCAGGGAACCGUUCAGAUCUCACUCGAAAGUGUCAUGCGGUCGACGCCCAACUGCAGCCGUUACAUGUCAGUUUCUUUUUAUUUUUUUAUAUUUUUCUUGGAAAUUCAAGACUUUUUCCAUAAAUUAAUGAUGAAUUUUUUCAAAUAGAGAAAAAUUCAAGCCUAAACUUAGUCCAUUCACCGUCGCGCUCCCUACACGGAGAAUAAUCCUACUUUAGGUUCUAUAAUUUUCUGAAAAUGGUCUAGAAUACUUCUCGAAGUACCAGACGAAGAUUCUGAAAGACUUAACUUGCCAAACUCUUCAGUUUUCGGAAAAGUACGCCUCCAAGUCUCAAAAUGACUCAUUAUGACUUAAUUGAUGAUUUUUUCCACUUUCAGGCCUACUUUUCUCGAAAAUUAAGAGGUUAUGAAGGGUAGGACUUUCAGAAGCUUCAUCUGGUUGAUCAAGAAGUAUUCAAAUUUUAAGAAAUCUUCAUUGCGAAAGUAAAAAUACCCUCCUUGUAGGGUUUCGCAACAUUUAUAGCCAAAAAGAGGAUUUUCUUCAGAAUGAUGAUCGAUAACGAAAACGAGUGCAUACUGACGAGGGCCGUACUGGAGUUGCUGUGCGAGAAACGAAGGAAAAGCGGCUCUCAACAUCUCCAACUCUACGUCGUCACCAAAAAGUCGGAGAUCACCGUCGACGACCUUUUCGACUUCAUCUAUGUUGGUUUUUUGGUCAAUUUGAAGGAAAGCAGUCUGUUUGAAAUAUCUUGCUAGGGUGUUCGAAGUAGAUAAAAUCGCCCUUGAAUGAACUGUUUCUUUCAAAAAAAGGGUGUCUAAUUUUUACAGAGCGAAGACUGACAAAAAAAAAACUAAACUUGAGCAUUUCUAGUGAUCCCUUUAGCGGCUUCAGCCCUCUCAAGUGUUACCUACAAAAGUUGAAAAAUGUCCGAAACUUGAGGGACCACUUAAAACUGCUGACGUCACUAAAUUGAUCCCUAGAAAUGCUCAGAAACGUCCUUUCUCCGUUACCAAGGUCCGAGUUUGCAGUAAUCUAAUAUUUUUUUUAUAAGAUUACCUCCGCUUGCCUCAAGUUAGCCCUCAACUACGUUCCCGUCUUUUUUCUUACCCUCAUAGUUUUUUUUAUGGAAAAAAACUUCAGGAAAUGUCCCGGAUUUGCAAUGGAAUCGAGCCUCAGCUGACCGCCUUCCAACGUUCGAAAAUGGUGAGUUCACUUUUUUGAAAUUUUUCUCAUCUUCUUUUAAAAAAUAUUUCAACAAAAAUUUGUAACUAUGAAGCAAAAAAAAUUGUUUCAUAUUGUAAAAGUUUGUUGAAUAUUUGAAUGACAAAAUGAAAAGUUAGAAAUUUGGUAGAUCUAAUUUUUCUUGAUCCUCUUGAUCUCUACUAUCGAUUGAUACCAAAGUUGCCUAUUUUCAAAAUUCGACUUGUUAGUUCAUAGGCAGGGCUCUUUACAGUCCCUUUUUGCGGCUAUUUUGCAGUCACUCCUUUUUUGCACCUGUUUUCCGCUUUUACAGUCUAUUGACCUAAGGCCCCUUGAUGUACGGAGAAAAAAAAAACGAUUUAUAGAAAUUUAAUUUCUAAAUUCCUAUCCUCUUCCAAUUUUCUUAGUAUUUAUCCAUUCUAUAAGAUUUUGGUUCUCUUAAAGAUCGCUAUGUAACCAGCAAUUCGUUUCUAGACGUAAACACUCUAUAGAAAGACAUUUGAGACGCGACGCGUGUCGCGUCGCGGUCGCGUGAGCUUUGAGCUCUCGCGUGAGCGUAGACAGAUAUUGACUCGAACUCUAGACAGUACGGUAGGGAGUGGAACUUGAUCUUCGAAAAAAAAGUGAAGAAAAAAACGAAAGAGCAAAUAUUUGCAGGAGACGGAGAAGAAGCCCUACUUCAGAGACUGUUCGACGGUGGGCAUCGAGGUGCAGUCGCUGGGCUCGGGAAGGCCGGGGAGCUUCUACCUGCCCCUGGAGCGGUUCGUCGAGCGCGUUUCCACCUUCUACAACCCGCUGGACACCGAUUUCGAGGUAACUUUUGGUGUUUUUCUCUUUUUUAAAGUCCAUCCAGCGCGACAUGACAAUUUUCGCGUGUCUGCGUCUCUCUGUUCCCUCACAGCGAGGUCAGAGAAACAUGGAAAGAGCACGUAAACAUGAGAGGGUCACCGAGAGAUGAGGAGUGCGCAGGUCCCACUCUUUCAAGUCUCGAAAAACGGACUAUACUGUAACUGAAAAUCCGUCGAUUCUGGCCGCAUUUGGAAUGGCUUAGAGCGUGGUGGUCGCGCUUUGAGCCAUUCCAAGUGCGACCAAGGCGUUCAAAGAUGACGUGAGUGAACCACUCUACAAGAAAUUGCCGAAUUUUCUAGUUCAGAAAGUUUUGAGAGACCACUUGAGUGUCAGAGAAAGAUUCACCCCGUUUUCCUUCUUUUUCAAUGGCUAGGUCAUAGAAACUUAGAAGUAGUGCGUGAACACGAGAGGGUGCUGACCAAAGGGAGAGAUCAUUUGCAAAACCGAGAAUCCCCUUAUACUAGUUUCUGAAGAUAUUAUCACGUAUCUAUGACCUUCUCAGCGAGGUAAAAGAGGAAGCAGAAAGUCAGACUGUUUAGCGGAUGUAGUACACAAGAAUUUCAGUUCUCCGUCGGCUCUGUCAUCUUCAAGAUCCUGCCGCAGCGUUGGGCCGACCUGAAGCCCGACGACCUUCAGCGUCUGAGGCAACGACGAGAGACCCGACUACACGUGGCCAGAGUCAUGGAGUGGCAGAGAAAGCAGAGAGCGGCGGAUGAAGAUCAGGAGGUCGAGGAGAAGGAUCUCUACGACUGGAUGCCGUCGCCGUUGCCCGACGACAGCGAAGAUGAGGAGUUUAAUGAAGAAGCCGUCGUCAAGAAGACCAAUUCCGAUAGCGAUAUGAGCGACUGCUGA